AUGGCUUCUGGACAUCUCAGCAUCGACGAGUUCCUAACCCGCCUUACCUCCCUCUUCGAAUCCCCCCGUGUCGCCGCCCACGGCUCCGUCUUCCUCACCCAAAAACGCCUGUCACCUCCAGAUAUCCCAUCUGGCGCAACAGACAAUCCCCUCCCACCCUCGUCGCCCUUCCCGGACCUGCACCCCCCGCAUCCUCUUCCAGUCCUGAUACGAGCAACGAACGGCAAGUCGAAGGAGAAGAAGAAGGACAAAAUCAAAAUCAGCACCGUGGUGCAAGCAGAUGAAUUGGAAGGGUUUUUCGUAAAGUAUGCGGAGGUCUGGAAGGCGGGGAUGAGCGGAUUGAAGAAGAGGGAUCGGAGUGGGAGGAAGAAGGGGAAGGCCAAGAAGAAAGGUGCGGGUCCGGGGGAGGGACAGAAAGUGAAGGAAGAGACGAAGGUGAAAGAGGAAAAGAAGGGGUGA